UGGAGCCCCCAGGCAAUAGGGGAUCUUGGGGCCCCUGUGUCCUUGCCCAAACUCAAAAAAGCCUAUGAAAAAGGUACCAGGGGCAUCUCAUGGGACCCCCUACUGACCCCAGGCCCUCGGGCAGUGCCCGAGUUUCCAAAUGGUCAGUCUGCCCCUGUCUGAGAGCAAAUCCUUGUCCUUUCUGUUUGUAUUUAACUGUUUUAACUGAAGUUCAGCUUUAUUGAAUAGAGUGAAAAUCUUCCAAUGGAGACACUGAUUUUGGUGACCCCCGGUGACAACCAGGAAUUUCCUCACUUCCUGUUUUA